AUGAAUUCAACCGAGAUAACUGGUAGAGAAGAAUUCGACCUGCGGAUCAAGCCGAUAAAGAUAGUCAUGCAAGUGAUAUCACUAUGGCCGCUGAAAAAGGACUGCAGUCGUUACCGAAUAAUUCUGAAGAUUUUCCACAAGCUUCUGAUCAUCGUCAUUACAAGCACAUUAUCUGUAGCUGGGUUUUUGGACUCUUUUCGACAAUUGGACAACAUGGACGAAGCUUCCGAGUGCGCCUUGAUAGCGUCCGCCUUCGCCUUAUCAACGUUUAGAAUCGCUAUUCUUUCGAUUCACGAGAAACACCUUGUACAUGUCGUAGAAACCAUGAAAUCGGAUUGGGCGACUUUCUCCUAUGAAGAUAGGGCUUUUCUGAAAGAAAAAUGUGAUUUUCACUACCGACUGGCCAAGUACUUCAUCUUCUCCGUGGCGAUGCCAAUUUUUUUCUUCAUCGCCAUUCCUGCACUCGAGUUGCAACUUUUGGGGGCUGAACGCAGAUGGUUGCCUUUUCGGGGGCACUUUUUCAUCAACGCGACGGUCUCUCCCGUGUACGAGAGUCUGUACAUUUACGAGAUCAUAGGCGGUGUAUUUGGUGGCAGCUCUAUAGCCGCUGUCACCACCUUCACCCUCGUGACAGUGACACACGGGGCUGCAAGAUUUGCUCUCGUUGGAAGGAAAUUGCAGUCUCUGAAAGGCGACGAGCCAAACGCGGAGGAACUUUCAACGCGCUAUAUAAAGCAGCAUCAGGAUGCCAUCGAAUUCGCUGGGACCCUAGAAAGUGCCAUAAACGUCGUGGCCCUUGGGCAAUUCCUCGUCAGCACCGGUCUGGUCUGCUUCGCAGGCUUCCAAGUUACCUCCAUGCUCGAGGACAAAGGGCGCCUUAUGAAAUACUCGGCAUUCCUGAACUCCGCCAUCCUCGAAUUGUUCAUGUUCAGUUUCGGCGGAGGCGAACUAAUGGACGAGAGCAUCGCCGUAGCGGAUUCGGCGUACGACAGCGGCUGGACGGAAAACGCACCUUACGCAAAGAGCAUGCAAAUAAUCAUGAUGAGAUCGAGGGUACCAUGUACGAUCACUGCGGCGAAAUUUUACAGCAUGUCGUUGAAGAGCUUUCAGGCAGUUCUCAGUACGUCCUUCUCGUACUUCACCAUGUUAAAGGCGGUAGACGAGAAGUAAAAGCGGCUCCUCGGCAGGGAUUGCAAAGUAAGACGAAACGUUUCCACACCUUUGAGCAACGGCCCCG